ACGAACCGAAACCGUAGGGCUGUAUGCAGACGAUACAGCAUACUGGUGCACCGAACUAAGAACAAGCACUGUACAACGAAAGACAAACGACUACCUAACACGACUAGAGCAAUGGAUGACCAAGUGGAGAAUUCGGCCCAAUCCCAAUAAAACACAGACAGUUCUUUUCAAACACAGACAUCUGACAAAAAAGCGACAACAAGACGACAACGAAAUCCGACUAAGACUAUGGAACACGCCACUCACACUGAGCAACUCAGCCAGAUACCUUGGAGUAUAUCUAGACCGACACCUGAACUGGAAAACGCACCUAAAUCACCUCCUGAACAAAACACGACUACGACAAAACUUAAUAAGACAGGUUCAAGGACGCUUCCACGGCUGCAGCGACGAAACAGCCCUACAUACAUAUAAAACAUUUAUAAGACCAAUACUCGAAUACGCAGCCGCCCCACUCGGGGGAAUACAGGCCCACGUAGCGGAAAAACUGUACAAAACGGAAAGAAGGUUAAUACGCAGCAUCACCAGGCUACCCCCUACAACCCCCAGCAACGAAGUAUAUACAAGCUAUGGUAUAGAACCACUCCAAACCAGAAUGACCAAACUCAGGGCGAGAUAUGGAAAUCACAUUAUCCACAACAGACCAGACAUGGAGGACAUCCUUACUAUAAACGCAAGAGAAAACAGAAGACCGAAAUACAAAUACAUUCCCCCAUCACGCACAAUAGCCCAAAACACAUUGCAUUCACUUCACAAGAUGGUAACUCAAAAAAAUAGAAAUAUAGACGGCGUCCGUCAUAAGUGUGGCUUAAGAGCUCUUCCCUCCGACGCUCCGUGCCGCCAUUAUUAG